CGCGUUCCGUCCGCAGUGGGAGCCGCCGCCGCCGCGCUCGGAGCUCGCAGGCGCCGCGUCGCCGUCGCCACCGCCUCCCGCCCGUGCGCCCUCGGCGCGUCCCCGCCGCGCUCCCAUCCCCGCCGCCGGCCAGGGGCGCGCUCGGCCGUCCCGGGCAGUGUCCCCGCUGCGGCCCCGCGGCGAUGGCCACCAAGAUCGACAAAGAGGCUUGCCGGGCGGCGUACAACCUGGUGCGCGACGACGGCUCGGCCGUCAUCUGGGUGACUUUUAAAUAUGACGGCUCCACCAUCGUCCCCGGCGAGCAGGGAGCGGAGUACCAGCACUUCAUCCAGCAGUGCACAGAUGACGUCCGGCUGUUUGCCUUUGUGCGCUUCACCACCGGGGAUGCCAUGAGCAAGAGGUCCAAGUUCGCCCUCAUCACGUGGAUUGGCGAGGACGUCAGCGGGCUGCAGCGCGCCAAAACCGGGACGGACAAGACCCUGGUCAAGGAGGUCGUACAGAGUCAGGCAGCCUUGGCACAGCUGAGGAAAUGGUCCAUGCUACGGUGUACCGACUGGGUCAGGAUCCCAGAAGAGAGAGGUCUCUUUCCUCCGUGUCAGUCAGUCUCUUAAGAAGACCCUGAUUGGCCCAGCCUGGGUCAGAUGCACAACCCGGGCGGGGCAGCGGGGUUUCAUGAUUGGAAGCUCCACUGUGAUUGCAGUUGUUGAAGAAAGGGAUCUCAUGGUGAAUGAAGCCCAGAUGUGCACUGCAGUGCGGGGGGCGGGGGGGCGGCUGGAGUACUGUCCUGAACACAGGUGCAGGGUCAUAUGUUGACCAUUACCAUUUGCAUUUUCCACAUCUCCAUUUUAAAAUGUAAAUUAUCGUGCGUGCCUGUAAUCCCAGCUACUCAGGAGGCUGAGGCAGGAGAAUUGCCUGAACCCAGGGGGCGGAGGUUGCGGUGAGCCGAGAUUGCGCCAUUGCACUCCAGCCUGGGUAACAAGAGCGAAACUCCGUCUCAAAAAAAAAAAAAAAAAAAAAAAAUGUAAAUUAUCUGAAACUACUACAAGACUCCACAUUCAUGCUGCAGUUACAAAUACAGCCAUCUGGGUUACAAAGGGUCCAUUCUGCUGGCACGAUGCUGUCUUUCCACAGCCACUGAAACCCCGCUGAGACCUGCCUGCCCAUCAGCUAGCUUCCCCUCUGCCUCUUGGAGACUCGGAGCCGAUGUUCUCUGAGGACCUUCCAUUAUGGGCCCAUUCUGGGUGCCAUGUCUUGGGGACCGGGUCACUUACCCGAUUGCUUUUUUGCCGUCAUUUCCAUGUGAAGAAGAAGGGGACUGGCCUUCAGUUAAGGAUUAUUGUCUUCAUAAACCCUUGACUUUGGUUCUAAUAAAAGUCGUGCAUGUGCCUUCUCGUGCUUUAUGUGAAAUAUGAGGGUGUAAAUUCAUUGCAUGGUCAUUGAUGUGGAGGAACUGGAAUCCGGGGUGGCAAUUUUUUUUUCUUUUUGAGACAGAAUCUCACUGUAUCGACCAGUCUGGAGUGCAGUGAUGCAGUCUCAGCUCACUGCAGCCUCUGUCUCCCAGGGUUAAGCAAUUCUCAUGCCUCACUCGGCCUCUUGAGUAGCUGGAGAUUAAAGGUGUGCGCCACCAUGCCCAGCAGAUUUAGAGGAGGGGUCUUUAUGCUACUAACCACCCGCCUGACCAUGGACCAAUCUCUCCCUCCCUGGGCCUCGGUGUCCUCAUUUGUAAAGUGAAGAAUCAGGUAAGUUGACUCGCUGUGUCAUAUUCUAGUUUGGCAUAUUCUGAAAAUUCUCUUAUUUUCAUGGAGAAAUUUGUUUAUGAAGGCAUUUUGCCUUUAAAUGAACCUUAUGUUACUUUGUCAAGGAGGAAAGUGUGAUACAGUGGACUUCGGAGCCAGAUGCACGGGUUUAAAUUUCAGCUCUGUCACUUACUGUGUGGCCUUGGGCACAUGGCUUACACGCUCUGGGCUCAGUCACCUGAUGUGUAAAAUAAGAGUAAUAUGGUGUGUGCCUUGUAGGAUUGCCAUGGGGAUUAAAAGCAAAUAUAGGGAAAGUGCUAAGAACAAUGUCUUCAUUUCUGGGACCCGGAAGCAGUAGCUGGUAUUUCUAGCUUUCCUUCUAGACAACACGGUGACGCACGGUUCUGGCAGGAAACGUUUCUACCCUGUAGAUCAUUUUCUUAGGAGAUGCUGGAUACAGAUGCUGAGCUAGAGGGCACAGAGCAUGACUCUUACUGUUUACUGAUAUUGCCAGUUGUGUUGUAAAUGGCUUGGGCCAAAGUCACAGCCACCAGCAGGACAGGAAGGGCCUGGCCUUACCCACACUUGCCCGCGCUGACCUCCAACAGUUCAUACUUCACCUGUGGCCUGCCACACAGGUGCAUCAGCAUACGGGGAAACUGAGGCCCACAGCAGUGAUAGGACCUGCCCUAAAUUCACAGCUAACAAGUAACAGAGCUGGGGCUAGAGCCUGGGAGAAGUAAGAGUCAGGUUCGACUCUGAGUCUCCUUAGUUCAGAGCCUGAGAAAGUGAGAGGCGGCAGUGGCUGGGAAAACAAGACAAAUGCCAGCAAGGCCACGGGGCAGCAGGGGCUGCCAGGCAGGCUGGGCUGGCGACUGUGACGCCCAGACUUGAGUCUGGGGAAUGCGCUGAAUGCUCAGCACGCACGGCUGCCUGGCCACAGCUGUUGUCUGCCACACCGAGGUACCCGGCUGGUGCCCAGGACAGAACCUCUGUCCCAUUGUUCUCCUGUCUCUGCAGGAUUGCGGGGACAAUGGGGUGACCUCUGGUAGUGGCCUGCGAUGUGCUAGGGCCAGGCUCUCUCGGUUGAGAGCCAUGCUUGGUCAGUGCUGCGACAUGCUUGUCUUGCAGAAUGGGUUCAUUCACUUGAUCCUUUUAUUCAUUCUUUAACACAAUACAAACAUUCACGGAGCCAGGAAUCCAGAGGGCACGCAGCUCAGCUUUCAGGGUCAGGAACGGAGGAUAACAGAGGGUGCUGCGUUCAAGGAGAAGUGGAGGUGGGAAGGACGGACGUGCCAGGGGCGGUGUGAACUAGCCAGUCGGAGUCUAUUCCGAUGGCUUCUAAGCCCUGGGAGCAACCAGGCUCAGUGGCUCACACCUGUAAUCACAGCACUUUGGGAGGCCAAGGCAGGAGGAUUGCUUAAGCUCAGGAGUUUGAAACCAGCCUGGACAACAUAGUGAGACUGCAUCUCUGUUUUAAAAUAAUUUUAAAAACUUCAGAAAUGGGCUGGGCGCAGUGGCUCAUUCCUGUAAUCUUAGCACUUUCAGAGGCCAAGGCCAAGAGGCAGGUAGAUCACUUGAGGUCAGGAGUUCAAGACUGGCCUGGCCAACAUAGUAAAACUCCAUCUCUACUAAAAGUACAAAAAUUAGCUGGGCAUGGUGGCGUGUUCCUGUAAUCCCAGCUGCUCGGCAGGCUGAGGCAUGAGAAUUGCUUGAACUCAGGAGCCGGAGGUUGCAGUGAGCCACAAUUGCACCACUACAGUCCAGCCUGGGCAACAGGGCAAGACUCCAUCUCAAAAUGAAAAACAAAUUAAUUAAGAAAUGAAGAAAUGAAUCUGCUCAUGUAGGCUCUUUGUGUUUUACCAGGACAGAAGCUUUUAAAAUGCUCAGUAACUGUUCUUUGUGUUAAAUUGUGGAAGCUAGUUACACUCAGGGGACCCGGGACUAGGUCGAAAUUCCACAUCUCUGCUUCUGUUUCGAUAGAAAGCAGGAGGCUGAGCACAGUGGCUCAUACCUGUAAUCCCAGCUCUUUGGGAGGCCGAGGUGGGCAGAUCACCUAAGGUCAGGAGUUCUAGACCAGCCAGGCUAACCAGACAAGGUGAAACCUUGUCUCUACUAAAAAGACAAAAAUUAGGCUGGGCGUGGUGGCACAUGCCUGUAAUCCCAGCUACUCAUGAGGCUGAGGCAGGAGGAUCGCUUGAACCCAGGAGGCAGAA